CGGGGAGGCGAGCGUUCUGUGGGAGCGGGGCCCCUCUCGCCGCCCUCUCCUCAGUCUGGUCUCUGCCCGCAGCCGUAGCUCUGGCCCCCACGUCGCCCCUUCCGCGGCGGCCGGAAGCGCAGCGCGUCGCGCGCCUGAGGCGGGGUCGCCGGGUGCCUGCGCCUCCCGGGGCCGCGGCGGCGGCGGCGGCGUUGCCCUCGGAGGCCUCAGCCCGCGGGUCGCCGCGAUGGCCCUCAAGAUGGUCAAGGGUAGCAUCGACCGCAUGUUCGACAAGAACCUGCAGGACCUGGUCCGCGGCAUCCGCAAUCACAAGGAGGACGAGGCCAAGUACAUCUCGCAGUGCAUCGACGAGAUCAAGCAGGAGCUGAAGCAGGACAAUAUCGCUGUGAAGGCCAACGCCGUCUGCAAGCUCACCUAUUUACAGAUGCUUGGGUACGACAUCAGCUGGGCUGCCUUUAACAUCAUCGAAGUUAUGAGUGCCUCCAAGUUCACAUUCAAGCGCGUGGGCUACCUGGCCGCCUCCCAGUGCUUCCACGAAGGCACCGAUGUCAUCAUGCUGACCACCAACCAGAUCCGCAAGGACCUGAGCAGCCCCAGCCAGUACGACACUGGAGUGGCAUUGACUGGUCUGUCCUGUUUUGUUACCCCAGAUCUUGCCAGAGACCUGGCAAAUGACAUCAUGACCCUGAUGUCUCACACGAAGCCGUACAUCAGGAAGAAGGCAGUGUUGAUUAUGUACAAGGUUUUCCUCAAGUACCCUGAGUCACUGCGUCCGGCCUUUCCCCGGCUCAAGGAAAAGCUGGAGGACCCAGACCCAGGGGUGCAGUCUGCAGCUGUUAAUGUCAUUUGCGAGCUAGCUCGCCGCAACCCUAAGAACUAUCUGUCGCUGGCCCCGCUGUUUUUCAAGCUCAUGACAUCCUCCACCAACAACUGGGUCCUCAUCAAGGUCAUCAAGCUGUUCGGCGCUCUGACUCCCCUGGAGCCCAGACUGGGCAAGAAACUGAUCGAGCCUCUCACCAACCUCAUUCACAGCACCUCUGCCAUGUCCCUGCUGUACGAGUGUGUGAAUACUGUGAUUGCAGUGCUCAUCUCGCUGUCUUCCGGCAUGCCCAACCACAGUGCCAGCAUCCAGCUCUGCGUUCAGAAGUUGAGGAUACUGAUAGAAGACUCAGACCAGAACUUGAAGUACCUGGGGCUGCUGGCCAUGUCUAAGAUCCUGAAGACGCACCCCAAGUCCGUGCAGUCUCACAAGGACCUGAUCCUGCAGUGCCUAGAUGACAAGGACGAGUCCAUCCGCCUGCGUGCUCUUGACCUGCUCUAUGGAAUGGUUUCCAAGAAGAACCUGAUGGAGAUUGUGAAGAAGCUGAUGACCCAUGUGGAUAAGGCUGAGGGCACCACCUAUCGUGACGAGCUGCUCACCAAGAUCAUUGACAUCUGCAGCCAGGCCAACUACCAGCACAUCACCAACUUUGAGUGGUACAUCAGCAUCCUUGUGGAGCUGACCCGCCUGGAGGGUACCCGCCACGGCCAUCUAAUCGCUGCACAGAUGCUGGAUGUGGCCAUCCGCGUCAAGGCCAUUCGCAAAUUUGCUGUGUCUCAGAUGUCUGCACUGCUUGACAGUGCCCACCUGGUGGCCAGCAGCACCCAGCGCAAUGGCAUCUGUGAGGUGCUCUACGCUGCUGCUUGGAUCUGCGGGGAGUUCUCGGAGCACCUACAGGGCCCCCAGCAAACCCUGGAGGCAAUGCUGCGGCCCAAGGUCACCACACUGCCGGGCCACAUCCAGGCUGUGUAUGUGCAGAACGUGGUAAAGCUGUACGCAGCCGUCCUGCAGCAGAAGGAGCAGGCUGCUGACACGGAGGCUGCACAGGAGGUCACCCAGCUGCUGGUGGAGCGGUUGCCGCAGUUUGUGCAGAGUGCCGACCUGGAGGUGCAGGAGCGGGCGUCCUGCAUCCUACAGCUGGUCAAGCAUGUGCAGAAGCUGCAGGCAAAAGGUGUGCCGGUAGCCGAGGAGGUGAGCGCCUUGUUUGCUGGUGAGCUGAACCCUGUGGCUCCCAAGGCCCAGAAGAAGGUCCCAGUUCCUGAAGGCCUAGACCUGGAUGCCUGGAUCAAUGAGCCACCUUCGGACAGUGAGUCUGAGGAUGAGAAACCCAAGGCUAUCUUCCAUGAAGAGGAGCCAAGGCACGCACGGCGCCGGCAGCCUGAGGAGGAUGAGGAGGAGCUGGCUCGGCGGCGAGAGGCCCGGAAGCAGGAGCAAGCCAACAACCCUUUCUAUAUCAAGAGCUCCCCAUCCCCACAGAAGCCCAUGACAUCACAUUCCAGGGCUCUGGUCCCAGGUCCCAACCUGUCUCUAGGGCAUCUGGAGUACACGAGCAAUGCUCCUAUGGCGCAUCGAUACCAGGAUUCGCCAGGCGUGGAGCACAUUCCUGUGGUGCAGAUCGAUCUCUCGGUGCCUCUGAAGGUUCCAGGCCUGCCCAUGUCAGACCAGUACGUAAAGCUGGAGGAGCAGCGGCGGCACCGGCAGCGGCUGGAGAAGGACAAGAAAAGGAAGAAGAAGGAGAAGGGCAAGCGCCGCCACAGCUCCCUGCCCACAGAGAGCGACGAGGACAUCGCCCCUGCCCAGCGUGUGGACAUCGUCACCGAGGAGAUGCCCGAGAAUGCUCUGCCUAGUGACGAGGAUGACAAAGACCCCAAUGACCCCUACAGGGCACUGGAUAUUGACCUGGAUAAGCCCUUGGCUGACAGCGAGAAGCUGCCUGUCCAGAAACACAGGAAUGCUGAAACUGUGAAAUCCCCAGAGAAGGAGGGUGUCCCUGGUGUAGAGAAGAAGAGCAAGAAGCCCAAAAAGAAGGAGAAGAAGCGCAAAGAGAGAGAGAGCGAGAAGAAGGACAAGAAGGGCGAGGACUUAGACUUCUGGCUGUCCACCACCCCGCCACCUGCUGCUGUCCCCAUCCCUACCCCAUCCACAGAAGAGCUUGCUGUGAGCACCGUGGCCCCAGCUAAGGGUGAGGGUGAAGAACUCAAAAGAGAGGAGCCAGAGGAUGAAGAGGACAGCAUGGACCGUGACCAGGAAAAGAAAUCAUCCCAGCACAAGAAGAAGAAACACAGGAAAGAAAAGGAGGAGAGACCACGAGACAAAAAGAAGGUCAAGAAGAAGCAGGCUGCACCGCUGGAGAAUGGCGCCACAGAGGAGGAGGAGCCCAUCCCGCCCAUGUCCAGCUACUGCCUUCUGGCUGAGAAUUCCUACAUUAAAGUGACGUAUGACAUCCAAGCCAGCCUACAGAAGGACAGCCAAGUGACCGUGUCAGUCAUCCUGGAGAACCAGAGCAGCAGCUUCCUGAAGAACAUGGAGCUGAAUGUGCUGGACUCGCUCAACACCAAGAUGGCCCGGCCAGAGGGUUCCUCAGUGCAUGACGGUGUGCCCGUGCCUUUCCAGCUGCCCCCUGGUGUCUCCAACGAAGCCCAGUUUGUGUUCACCAUUCAGAGCAUCGUUAUGGCCCAGAAGCUCAAAGGCACACUGUCCUUCAUUGCCAAGGACGACGAAGGGGCCACCCACGAGAAGUUGGAUUUCCGGCUGCACUUCAGCUGUAGUUCCUACCUGAUAACCACUCCCUGCUACAGUGAUGCCUUUGCCAAGCUGCUGGAGUCAGGGGACCUGAGCAUGAACUCUAUCAAAGUCGAUGGCAUUAGUAUGUCUUUCCAGAACCUCCUGGCAAAGAUAUGUUUCCACCACCAUUUUUCUGUUGUGGAGCGAGUAGACUCCUGUGCCUCCAUGUACAGCCGCUCAAUCCAGGGCCACCAUGUCUGCCUGCUGGUGAAGAAGGGUGAGAACUCCGUGUCAGUAGACGGGAAAUGCAGUGAUGCCACCCUGCUCAGCAGCCUGCUGGAAGAGAUGAAGACCACGCUGGCCCAGUGCUGAACGACGGUGUCCAGGAUACCUAAAAGACCACGGACAGAUGUGAUGGGUCUUGCCUCUCCUCCUUUGUCACAUGUAGUGUCCCCACACCCAGCAUUAAUUUAACACCACUGGCCUCCACUGUGUGACUCUGAGGUCCUAUGUUGCAUCAACUUAUUUUAUUAUCCUUUUUUAUUCCAACCGAAUCCGCACUUGUUUGGCAAGAGAGGCCGUUCCUACCCUAGCCAGCAAGGAACUCCCAGCUCCACUCCCUGUUCUGGAGGUGACUGAGGACCCCAGGCUGGUGGGUCUCCAAGUUGCCAGCAAACACAAACAGUGGGACUGGUGCGGCCCCACUUUUGUGCCCUCACGUUGCUUCUGGAGGAACCCUUCCCCAAAUACCCUGACUGGUGGGAUCUGUGGAGAGGCGACCAGACCAGCUAUGACCAUGCUUCUCCCAGAGUCUGCAUGGCCAGAUGGAUGUGUUCUGCAGCUCAGCUGCUGACAACAGAGACAGCCCUUUGAUUUGAUUUUGAUUUUUUUUAUUUUUUGGUUUUUCGAGACAGGGUUUCUCUGUGGCUUUGGAGGCUGUCCUGGAACUCGCUCUGUAGACCAGGCUGAUCUUGAACUCACAGAGAUCAUCCUGUUUCUGCCUCCCUAGUGCUGGGAUUAAAGGCGUGCGCGACCACUGCCCGGCUUGAUUUUCUUCUGUUCAACAGAAUUCUGAUGGAGUUCUGUUGGGGGCCGUGGUCAGCGGAGGAACGCAGUCCAUGCCCCUCAGUUUGUCACUACACAUCUUGGGUUUGUUCCCCGCACUGUGCCACAGCUGUGGAGGGCUGAGUGCCGGUGCCUUGCAGUGGAGGGUAUGUAUCCUGGGAGCAUUUGGUGCUCACCCAGGUGUUCCAGGGCAAGGUGAGGGGACCCAGCCUGGACACUCCUUAUAGCUGGGUAGCUGGGCUCAAGCUGAGCCUUCUUCGGAGGGGAUGGUGGUCUGCAGACACUCUGGUUGACACUUUGAGGACUACUGUCACUUUAGCAUGUAGAGUACUGUUACCCACCCCACCUGACCCUCCAGCUCCAUGAUGUUCCAUGAUUGAUUUGCUGUCGACAUUCCCAUGUGAAGAGAGAUAUAUCACGCUGCUGAUGAUCGGUGUCAUAAUGACCCAAUAAAGAGUCGAAAAACA